CCCCCCCCAAAAAAAAAAAAAACUUCGUGAAGUUUGGCGUCUCGGGGUUACAAAAGUUAACGCGUGCGAGUUUUUCAACCUCCAGGAGGAUGAUUUUCCUGACAAUGAUCGCUCGUGUGGCGGACGGAUUGCCGCUCGCCGCUUCCAUGCAAGAGAAUGAUCAGUCAGGAAGAGACCUCCAGCAGUACCAGAGUCAAGCCAAGCAGCUGUGCCGCAAACUUAAUGCUCAAAGUCCAGACCGCUGCACGCUGGAAGCAAAAGACAUCAGCUUUCAUUAUUUAAUAGCAGAAGAUGUUUGCUACCUGUCCCUUUGCGAGCCAUCUUUCCCCAAGAAAAUUGUCUUUGCCUACCUGGAGGACCUUCAUCGUGAAUUUUCUGACCAGUAUGGGAGGAAGAUUUCCACAGUCACAAGGCCAUACUCCUUCAUCGAGUUUGACACAUACAUACAGAAAACCAAAAAGUCAUACAUUGACAGUAGGGCCAGGAGGAACUUGGGUAGUAUCAACACAGAGCUGCAGGAUGUUCAAAAAAUUAUGGUGGCCAACAUUGAAGAAGUUCUGCAACGUGGAGAAGCACUUUCUGCCCUUGACACAAAAGCCAGCAAUCUGUCCACCUUGUCGAAGAAGUACCGCAGCGAUGCCAAGUACCUCAACACCCGCUCCACAUACGCCAAAGUAGCUGCUGUGGCAGUCUUCGUCAUCACACUCAUCAUCUAUGUACGCUUCUGGUGGCUCUGAUGGAAUUUUGACAACGUUUGGAGGGAUUUCUCAGAGAGCAGCAUGUUUAAAUUGAUUACCACUGUGCCUUAACAGGUGAGGUAGAGUUCAUUGGUUGUAUUACGGAAAGCCAUUUGAGCAUUUAUUCAAUAUCCAUCUAUCCAUCUUCAGGGCAAUGCUCUUGUGCACUCUUUGUCCUCACGUGCAGGACAACUACGGGGGGAUAUUGAAUAAAUGCUCAGAACAGCGACCAUAUGAUGAAGGCAAAUGUUUCAACAGUGGCCGUGUUAGAGACAAUGAGUGUCGAGUGACUUUGGGAGAGUGUUGCUCUGGAAGCAGGCUCGUGUGUGGUGCGUUCAAAAAGUUCAACUGUGCUGAUGAGUCAUGUUUACAUGUUUGUUUUAGGGGAGAUAUCUUUAAGUUAAGCCUUAAAAACUGUGACUAAAAAUGUUCAAUGUUAACAAUUAACAAAGUUGGAAGUCUUAAAAGGGAUUAAAAAAUA